CUCGAACUGACACAACUCCGUAUAGUUCAUGCACAUGCAACGCAUCACGCUCUAAUAGUGUGUUUCAUGCACCCAGCAUCUCGAACUGAUGAAAUGCCUCCCCCUCUCGUGAACGAUGUCCCUCUCACUUCCCGAUUGGUCCCUUAUUUUUUUUUCUUGCCAAUUGAUUCUGAUAUGACACACGCAAGCGGCGAGUAGCGAGAAAUUCAUAUUUGUAUCGUCAUCGAUACCACAACUGAGCUCAGCGGUUUCGGCCCAGUCUUUUUUUAUGGAAGGGGUAUUGAUGGUGUUUCCUUUGGCAGGUAUAUCAUACGUCCAUGUAUGCAGUCAGGUGCCUCCGUGUCACCAAUGCCCUCAGUAAAAGGUACAGAGGCCGUAAGCGCGUUCGUCGUCGCCAUACGUCCGAGUUUCAACUAUAUCCUUGCAAGCACCGCGUUGUCUGCAUGUUUGUUUACCCUCCUUGUGGCCCUUUUCGUGUUCUCCACGAGGGAGUCUCGGCGCCGCGUGGCAUUCCGAUUGAAUAUAUUCGCUAUCUGUCUCGCCCUGACACUGGGAACACUGAUUGGACUAGCCUGUGGGAAGGUGAUAAUCGACCCGUUCAAUCAUGCGUGGAAGCAGUACUAUGUUGUUGCCAUCACCUUUGCUCUCUGGUGUCCAUUACUUUACGACUCGAUAUUGCUGACUCGGCUUGUUGUACUCUACCCCAUCACCAGCACUGCUCCGGUCACACUGGUGAAGAUAUUUGCAUUCCCAUUUUGUGUCAAAUGUGCUCGAGUGGUAGUCCUAGCUCUUUUCCUCGACGACUAUAUUAAGUCUGAAAAUAUCACUAAGGGUCCUUUUGUCCCGGAGCAAGACGCUAGCUGGUAUCGUAAUCCUAAAAUCGUCGCCGAAUGGAUAAUACAGAUGGCAGACAACCUAUACACCGUCGGCCUCUUCCUUUACAAACUCCACGUCCGUACAUCAUUGAUACAAAAGGUCGGCGGUAUAUCAGAGCAUUUCCGCCAAAUAUUUUAUAUCUCUGUGGCAAAUUUCGUCUUCCCUCUCCUUUUCAACAUUGCACAAAUCAUCUUGAUCAUGACGGACAGACACCCCACUGCCGGCAUAGUGAUAGUUGUGAUCAACAACUACAUAGCUGUCAUGGGUGUAUUGUGCGCGACGCUGUGGUUCUCUGGAUCAGAGUGGGUUCGCACUCACAGCCAACCAACAUCUGGUCGCGGGUUCUCGUGCAAGCCGAAUUCGGAACAUAUGCGUGGCUCGCUUGGGGAGGGUGGGAGCCAAGUUCUAGUAAUUGGCAAGAGUUUUAGUACGCUUGACGCGGCGAGUUUGGACGCUGGUCCAGCGAGGGAUUCCAGGCAAGUCACUAUCCCAGGCAGAAAGGACAACCACACGUUGGGAUGAUUUUUAAACAUACCGGCUACGCGUUUCCACCACUUCAGCAUCGCGGCACGUUGCGAUUCUGGCCCGAAAUUUGUUUAACUGUCCGGAUUCCGCACCUGUAACCGACUCCCAUACCACACUUCCUGAGAUACGACAGCUUCCCAGCAUUAUAUAUGUACUUGUACCAGCCAAACCACUUCAUGAAUUUGUGUACUAUGAGAAAGAUCUGCGGCGGG